AAGAUAUAUAUUUGUAUUAAUAAAUAGAGCUAUUUGUCGUAGUAGAUGCUUCUGUUUGAGGCUUGUUCCUAUGUUCAGUUCCUACCUACCUAUCAUAAAAGAUGGCUUGGUUCUAUUUAUGAUUAUUUUCUUCGUUCUUGCAUUCUCCUUCCGUGCCUGUGAAGGCACUCGUUCCAGACAACCUUCAUAGAGUGGUUCCUUUCUGUGAGGACUCCAUGGAAUACUAUAGUAGUGAGAUUGAGUUGCUGAUUAUGAUUCUUGAAUUUGCUGGGAAUUUGUCAUUUCUGGAUUGAGGCUUUCUUCGUGAAGUGCCCAUUUGUUGUUGCUUUCUGCGGAGAGUUAGAGAGAGAGACAUGUUCGAAGGUCGUUCCUGUGUGGUUUCGAGAUUGUUUCCUAGCUCGUGCCAGGCAGAGAACAACUGGUCUUACAUGAAAUACCUGCCUGAGUUGGACAUCAAGAAUAAUGGCAAGCGCCCUGCGGAAAAUAUUGCAUCCGAGGAUGAGAAUCGUCCGAGGAAGUAUACUAGGAUGUUGGACUCCAAACAGAAAUCCCCUGAGGAUAAUGAGAAUUCUGUAGUUUCCCAAGAGGAUCAGGAAACCAUUGAGACAUUGAGUAUCUGCCAAGAUGGCGACGAAGCUGGUGAUUGGACUGAUGACCAGUCAUUGGCUGAACAAGAACAGCGUGAUGAUGAUGAUGAUGAUGAUGAUGAUGAUUCACUGGAAUUUGGUGAGCAUCAUUCUGAUCAACAGCAGCAGGGUGAACAUGAAGAUUUCUUGGAUUCAAGUAUUCAUCAAUCAGACGAAGAACAGCAAGAGGAUGAACUUGUGGCAGAUGAUUCAUUAGAUUCUGGUGUUCGGCAACCGAAUGAAGAACAGCAGCGGGUUGAACUCAGGGAUUUAUUAGAUUCCGGUGUUCAGCUUGAGCUUGCUGUGAAUUUAUUGGAAUCAUGUGGUCAGCAAUCUGAUGACCACCAGCAGAACCAUGCUGGGGGUUCAUCAGAUUCUGGCUCUCUCUUGCCACGCAUGAACCGGGACAGCUCAAUCACCUGUCUCAGCCGUUGCUCAAGGUCAGAUUAUGGCUCUCUUGCCUCUCUGAAUAGGGGCUUCCGCAAUGUAAUCCGAAGCGGUGAGCUUUAUAAAUGGAGGAGACUAAAUGGUAUCAUGGAACAUUGGAUUUAUUUCUCCUAUGCUCUCCUUGAAUGGGAGGCCUAUGAUCCGAUCCGUCAGCGAUGGAUGCAUUUGCCAAGGAUGGCCUCUAAUGAGUGCUUCAUGUGUUCGGAUAAGGAAUCUUUAGCCGUAGGUACCGAUCUUCUUGUAUUUGGGAGGGAGCUGCAAUCCCUUGUUAUAUACAGAUAUAGUCUUUUGACAAACUCAUGGUCCUCCGGAAUGAGGAUGAAUGCUCCGAGAUGCUUGUUUGGCUCUGCUAGCCUCGGAGAGGUUGCAAUCUUAGCUGGUGGGUGUGAUUCUGAUGGGCGUAUCCUUGACUCUGCAGAGCUAUACAAUUCUGAGACUCAAACAUGGGAAUUACUCCCAAGCAUGAAGAAACCCCGGAAGAUGUGUUCCGGGGUAUUCAUGGAUGGGAAGUUUUAUGUUAUAGGUGGAAUUGGAGGAAGCGAGUCGAAGCUUCUUACAUGUGGUGAGGAGUAUGAUUUACAGGCUAGGACUUGGACCGAGAUUCCUAGCAUGUCCCCUGGACGUAGCAACAGGGGGUCGGAGAUGCCUGCAAUGGCCGAGGCACCUCCGUUGGUUGCAGUUGUAAAUAAUGAAUUGUAUGCUGCUGAUUAUGCUGACAUGGAGGUUAAGAAAUACGAUAAGGAAAGAAAAUUGUGGAUUGUGAUUGGGAGACUGCCGGAGCGGGCAGUGUCGAUGAAUGGUUGGGGUCUCGCAUUCAGGGCCUGCGGAAAUAGGCUUAUGGUUAUUGGUGGACCUAGAACUCACGGCGAGGGAUUCAUCGAACUCAAUUCAUGGGUGCCGGGUGAAGGUCCUCCGCAGUGGAAUCUACUCGCUAGAAAACGGUCCGGUAACUUUGUCUAUAACUGCGCCGUGAUGGGAUGCUGAAUAAUUGAAUUGUGUGAAGGUUAACACAUCUUGACACUUCAAAGUCCUAUGAAAUUGUACAAUGGUGAUUCACCCAUUGACAUAGGAGUUUUGCUAAUUGGUACCAUUCCCCGUCUCUCUUUCUAUGAUAUUUCGAUUCGAAGUCUGGGGAGGAGACUCAAGAUAUUUAUCAAGAUUGGCUGAAAAGUUUGCUGGGGAGGAAGCUCAUCAGUAUUUGUUUCCAAAAAUUCCGAUUACUUUUUUGUUCGAUUUAGUUGCCUCCAUUUACAUUGACAUGAAAAUUUUCUUGGUAUCAUGUAGCACAAAAGCAAGAAAAGGAGUAUGUUAAAUAAUUGAAAAGUUCCAACACAAAAUGUAGGUGACUGGUGCUGUCUGUUUUAAAAGAUUUUAAUCUUGAGAACACACAAACUAGACAUUUGAAUUUAAUGAUCACAAAGUUUCUUAGAUUGAAGAAAUGAAAUAACUUUCUUAGAGUUGUUCAUCAAUUUUGAAUUAUGUAUCAAACCAAUUUUCUUAUUUGAAUUAA